GAACUGCUUGUCGUUGGCAUUUACUGAAUUAGCCUAACCUCAGGACAAGCAGGACAUGAUGUGGAAACUUCCCCUAUAACCUGCUGUUCAGACAACUCAAUCAUCCUGUUGUACAUAAGGAUGCUAUUGGAGCAUCCUUCAGCCGAGAUACUACUAAACAUUCCUACCUCUACCAAAGCAAUAGGCAAUGUCUUGCACAAGGAGCAGUACGCAAAUACUUCGUUUUCUUUAAUUCCUUCAACCAACUUUGCAUAAAGCACUCACAAGAAUUACUUAAGCCGGGACCAACAGCCAUCUUGUUGGGCAUGCCUCCAUUACUACUCAAAAAAGCCAGGUACUUUUUUGGCAAGUACUUCAUCAAGUCCUUCCAAGCAGCAAAAAGCUUUUCUUUUUUUCAACCGAUACUCGUUCUGCUUAGCGGCGGUAUCUUGGAUAAUAACAGUGCUGUUAGUUACAGACAUGUUGUUGUCGUUCCAUUGGUCAUCGAAAUACUCGUCACCGCCACUACAAUCAUCUUCUUGCACAUCAACAGUCUUGCGAACGGCCGCAUUCUUCUUAAGAUCGUCAAGCAUCGCAAAAGCGGCAGCUUCUUCUUUGUCUGCAGCGUUCACCAGCUCUUGUCGCAUACUAUUCAGCAAUGCGAUGUCUUGAUGGGCCAAACCCAAAUCUGAUCUAUUUUUCUUCCCUGUAGGUAAUUUAACUGUAGAGGGUUUACGUUUGGUACGUGUAGGUGCUUUACGUUUGAUAGGUGCCAUUAUAAGUGUACUGUAAAAAAAUG